CCGAACGGUCUCAGUCGCCAGUCGCGCUCCAUGCCCCAGAGGGGCUGCACGUGUCCUCGCUGUCUCUCGCGACUUAUGUAACCAUCCGCACGGUGAGUCCGCAGCCUCCGAGCCCCUUCCACCCUCGCCUCCAUCGACCCCGCGACUCCGACCCGCUAAUUCAUUCCGCCGCGACGUGCGAACGCUCGCUCUGCCGCCUGUUCCACACGAUAAACUCAAAACUUCGCUUGACCCUUACGUUCUAUGCCAGCUGAGUGGUGACAUAAUCGAUGCAAUUCGACGAUACGAAGCACCAAUAGGACGAUAACAAAUUAUUUACACAGUGUAAUCGACGAAGCGCCUUAAACAAUUAUAUCAAUUAAUAGCUAGCUGAUAGAUAGUCUUAUAGUGUACACAAGUGCCAAGCCGUGCGCGGUAUAGUAUAGACAUAUACACAUAUAUAAAGCUACGUUCGCAUGAGUCGGUCGGUGUAGUGUCUCGGUGUUAAGGCCGUGCGGUUCGCCAAGAUUGAGGUGGUCGGGUGCGGGUGGGGCAGGCGCGCGCGCGUGCGUCCCUUGCGCGCGAGCGGCAUGUUGGCGUCGCAGCGCUCGCAGUCGUGCAACGAGGAAGGCGCGUUCUUCGGCGCGCGCGCGCUCCGCCGGCCGCGCGGGAAGGGCAGCGGCAGCCCGCCCUGCUAGGGGUACGCCAUGUCGCUGCGCAGCCUGCACCGGAGGCUCUCCUCCGUUAAUAACACAUGCGAUGACGGUGGAGGCGGCGCGGCGGCAGGUACAGGAGGGCGCACGGCGUCACUACGGCUGGCCAACGGCCGGGUUUCGACGCAGUCAGCCGAGCAUCUACCGCACUCGCCGGCUGACUGCGCCUCCGUGCGCAUCUCCAUGGACAACACCAACACGUGCUGCACGGACUCGCUCGUCACCGCCCUUGACGACGAGACCCUGCUUCUAGGCGACGCCGAUAUGUCGCUGAAACAAGGCAGCGGCACCGGCAAAGUCCAUUUCGGUGGCUUGGACGAUGUGUCAUUGUACGGCACACCCGUGGAGCCAGCGCCCCCAGCCCCAGACGCCAAGCAGGGCUUCCUCAGAAACCAGCUACAGGCGCUCUUCCAACCCACCGACAACAAACUCGCCAUGAAGCUGUUCGGCUCGAAGAAGGCGCUGAUGAAAGAACGCAUCAGGCAGAAGGCGGCUGGCCACUGGGUUAUACACCCGUGCAGUAGUUUCAGAUUUUACUGGGACCUCUGCAUGCUGCUCUUGUUAGUCGCCAACCUGAUCAUUCUGCCUGUUGCCAUCUCCUUCUUCAACGACGACCUCAGCACUCGGUGGAUAGCCUUCAAUUGUUUAUCGGAUACUAUAUUCCUUAUAGAUAUCGUUGUUAAUUUUAGAACAGGAAUAAUGCAGCAAGACAAUGCAGAACAAGUGAUAUUAGAUCCCAAGUUAAUAGCAAAGCACUAUUUAAGGACGUGGUUCUUCCUGGACCUCAUCUCUAGUAUACCACUAGAUUAUAUAUUCUUGAUCUUCAAUCAGGUAAACGAUUUUAGUGAAAGCUUUCAAAUUCUUCACGCCGGUCGUGCUUUAAGGAUACUUCGGUUAGCAAAACUUCUAUCUUUGGUUCGACUACUUCGACUUUCAAGACUCGUCCGAUAUGUAUCGCAAUGGGAGGAAGUAUAUAUCUUGCAGAAUCUACAAAAAAAGCGCACGGAACGGAGGGGACGUCUCAGCUCCGACGUUGCCAAAAAGAAGGGUGACACGAAAAGCAAUCUGAUAUUUAAGUUUCUCAACAUGGCGUCCGUUUUCAUGCGGAUAUUCAACUUAAUCUGCAUGAUGUUAUUAAUCGGUCAUUGGUCUGGAUGUCUUCAAUUCCUUGUGCCUAUGCUGCAAGGAUUUCCGCCUAAUUCGUGGGUGGCAAUAAACGAAUUACAAGAAGCUUAUUGGCUGGAGCAGUAUUCAUGGGCGCUGUUCAAAGCGAUGUCUCACAUGCUGUGCAUCGGGUACGGCCGCUUCCCGCCGCAGUCGCUCACGGACAUGUGGCUCACGAUGCUCUCCAUGAUCUCUGGUGCUACAUGCUAUGCCCUCUUCCUGGGUCAUGCAACUAACUUGAUUCAGAGUCUUGACUCUUCGCGUAGGCAAUAUCGAGAAAAGGUGAAACAAGUUGAAGAAUACAUGGCGUAUCGCAAGUUACCGCGUGAGAUGCGGCAGAGAAUAACAGAGUACUUCGAGCAUCGGUACCAAGGGAAGUUCUUCGAUGAGGAGCUUAUCCUUGGAGAGUUGAGUGAAAAGCUACGCGAAGACGUCAUCAACUAUAACUGCCGGUCGCUGGUCGCAUCCGUGCCUUUCUUCGCAAACGCUGACUCCAACUUUGUUUCUGAUGUCGUCACUAAAUUGCGUUAUGAAGUCUUCCAGCCUGGUGAUAUUAUCAUAAAAGAAGGAACCAUCGGAAAUAAGAUGUAUUUUAUACAAGAAGGCAUAGUAGACAUAGUGAUGGCAAACGGCGAAGUAGCGACCAGUCUAUCGGACGGGUCUUAUUUCGGCGAGAUCUGUCUACUGACGAAUGCCCGACGAGUAGCCUCCGUCCGCGCCGAGACUUAUUGCAAUCUAUUUUCCUUAUCAGUGGACCACUUUAACGCUGUACUCGACCAAUAUCCACUAAUGCGUCGCACGAUGGAGAGCGUCGCGGCGGAGCGUCUCAACAAGAUCGGCAAGAACCCCAACCUCGUCGCGCACCGGGAGGACGACACGACGUCGGAGGGGAACACCAUCAACGCCGUGGUGAACGCGCUGGCCGCGGAGGCGGAGCACGUGAGCCUGUCGGACGACAGCGUGGCGCGGCUGUCGGAGCGCUCGCUGGGGCUGGCGCUGCAGCCGCUGCAGGCGGCGUCGUGCCGCAUGGCGGGCGUGGCGCUGCCCGGGCUGGGCGUGGCGGCGGCGGCGCUGCCGCGGCCCAAGUCCGAGCACGACUUCAGCUCGGCGCAGGCGCAGCCGCCGGCGCUGGCGGGCGGCGCCAGCUUCCACAAGUCGGACGCCGGCAUCGCCCCCUGACGCCGCACCCUCAGCUAGGCCGCGACGGCCGACCGAUAGCAAUACUAGGCUUAGUGCGAGCGCGCGGCGCCUCGCUAGGUGUAGCGUAGACGCGAGUAUUAGCUGCGACUCUGCCGGGCGAACGCGCCCGCCGAAUCUCAUUUUGUGAUCUUAUACUUAAUUCUCCUGUGUUAUUUAGGUUAAAUUUUAUAUCAUCGACGCUGUGACGAAUACGCGACGUAUUCCGAUUAUACA